AUGAAUCAACAAACACAGCUGUAUAUUAAUGAGAUUAGAACACAUGAGGAAGAAUUGCUAUUAAUUAGAAAAGGUGAAAAUCUGAUUAAACAUGGUAAUCAACUCAUCAAGCAGGGUGAGCGUAAAAUUAAAGAAGGGGAAUUACUGCUUCGUACUCAUGGAUCCAAUGUAAACAGUGUACCAUGUAGAGUACCUAAAUCAUCUGCAGUCAAUACAUCUUGUACACCAAAACCUAGAAAGUCUUUUAUUAAGCUUACAAACAGGAUGAAGCGUAAAAGAACAGAUAGUCUUAGAGAACGAGAGGUGGAAGAACUGCAACAUGCUGUCAAAAGGUUUAAAUCUAAUUCUUCUAUUGAUGGUAGGGCUAUUUUAUAUGGUUCAAAUUUGUCAUUGCAAGCUCUUUGUAAUUUGAAACUUACAGAUAGAACAUGGACUGAAUUUAAAAAUAUAGUGACUCAUAAUCGUCAUCUUGUUCCUCCAGGUUUAACCAAGUUGAAGCAAUAUAAAAAAUUGACAUAUCCAGAACAGGUUGAAUAUUCUGAAACCGAAGUAAAAUGUAGUUUUUUCCAUAUGAUAAAGCAUUCAGUUUCUAGAGUGUUUGAAUAUCUUUUGGAUUAUGAAAGUAACUGCAUGAUGAGUUUAUCACAAGAAGAGCGUGAUAAUGUACAAAUUAUUUGCAAAGUAGGAGGUGAUGGUCAAAGUGAUCAAUCUGAGUUUCAAAAUUCAGCAACUAUGAAAAGAGGUGUAGAUGAUCGCUCUGUGUAUAGUAUAGUGUUUGUACUGCUGGAGAUCCGAAGUGGAGAAAAAAUAAUAUGGAAAAAUUUAAUUCCAAAUAGUCCAGAUGCAACCCGUCAUCUUCUUUUUUGUUUUGCAAAAGAGACUGCUAGUUUUAUUCAGGAAAAAUUUGAACAUUUAAAAAAUAAAUUUUUUUUAUUGAAGAAUAUUGAAUUUAAACUUGGUGAAAGUACUUUUGUAGUAAAGUCUAGUUUGUCAACUAUUUAUACCACAAUGAAUGAUGGCAAAACACUAAACGCUGUUGUAUCAGAUAUGCUUAAAAAAAAAAUUUCAUCUCAGUCCUGCCAUGUAUGCCUUGCAAAUUCUAAGGAGUUUAACUUGAAAACUAUUUGGAAAAAAAAUAUUAAUUUAAACAAGCAUGUUUUGAAACUUGGAAUUUGCAGUCUUCAUCUAUGUAUGGAAUGGAUUUUCAAUACUGCUUGUAAACUCCCAGCUGUUAAGCAAGGAAGAAAUAUUCCAUCACAAAAGAGUAAAGAAUUUAUUGAAAACAAAAAAAAAUUUCAGCAUUUAUUCAAGAUACAACUGAAUAUAAGGGUUUCUUUUGUCAGGAAAGGAUGUGGAACAACUAAUACAGGAAAUGUUGCUCGCAAAUUUUUUAAUAACCCGAUUGUGACACGGGGAAUUUUAAACUUGGAUAUCAGAAUGAUUAAGUUGUUUUGAGAUUUACUCAUUGAUAUAAACAGAACAACUACAAGACCGGAUAUAAAGGUUUUCAAACAGAAAUCUGAACAUCUAUUUGCACUCAUAACUAAUGAUAAAUUUUUAAAAACCAUACCUAUGUCACAAUCUGUGCAUAGAGUGAUAGUUCAUGGUACUUCUUUUAUAAGGUAUUUUAAGUAUCCAAUAGGUUCUUUGUCUGAGAGUGCUAUUGAAGCCAGAAAUAAGGAAAACAAAACUGAUUGAAUUGGUCAUGCUCGUUUAACCUCUUUUGCAGAAAACACUAGGGAUACAGCUAAUUAUUUGUUUAUGACAUCUGAUAUGUACCUCUUUUGCAAAAAAAACAAAAUGGAUAAAAAAAGAGUGAAAACAAAAUAGUUUAAGAAAGCAAAGUGACAGUUCUUCUGAUAACUGCUUAAAAUAAAGGAAGUAAGACCAUGAAGAAU